ACGCUGUCGAGCUCGAAAAUGUUAGCGUAUGUAGUUAAAUCUGGAGCCGACGGAGGGAUUUGCUAGACGGAAAUAAUAUAAUUUUUCCGUUUAGAAACGCCCGUAUAAACCUAACGUUGCUGGAGUGCGGUUUUUAAACACCGAGCCUGGCUUUGGGUUUAGCGCCUGGGGACUCUCCUGAGAGAAAGUUGGUUCGAUAUUUGUGAGGAGUGAUGUCGAAUCCCGGGACUCGGAGGAACGGGUCAAGCAUUAAAAUCAGACUGACAGUAUUAUGUGCCAAGAACCUAGCAAAGAAAGACUUCUUCCGGUUGCCUGACCCUUUUGCCAAAGUUGUUGUUGACGGCUCGGGUCAAUGCCACUCCACAGACACAGUCAAGAGCACAUUGGACCCCAAGUGGAACCAGCAUUAUGACUUAUAUAUUGGGAAGACCGAUUCCAUCACUAUUAGUGUGUGGAACCAUAAGAAGAUCCAUAAGAAACAGGGGGCUGGCUUUCUAGGCUGUGUGAGGCUCCUGUCCAACGCCAUCAGCAGACUCAAGGAUACAGGCUACCAGCGUUUGGACUUAUGCAAGCUGAACGCCUCCGACAGCGAUGCUGUGCGAGGGCAGAUAGUUGUGAGCCUCCAGACCAGAGACAGGAUUGGCAGUGGUGGGCCUGUGGUAGACUGUAGAGGACUUUUAGAAAAUGAAGGGCCGGUCUUUGAGGACUCUGGACCUGGACGGCCUCUCAGCUGUUUCAUGGAGGAGCCUCUGCCUUACACAGACCCCACGGGGGCUGCUGGGGGAGGUAGCUGCCGUGCACUGGAGUCGCCCAAUCAGGAACAGAGGCUCCAAGCACAACGAAUUAGAAACCAGGAGUCUAGAAGUCAUGCACACACCCCACAGAACCGGCCGCAUGGGCAUCAGUCACCUGACCUGCCUGAGGGCUAUGAGCAGAGGACCACCGUGCAGGGCCAGGUUUAUUUUCUACACACACAGACUGGCGUGAGCACUUGGCAUGAUCCCAGAAUACCACGGGAUCUGAACAGUGUGAGCUGUGAGGAGCUGGGCCCUCUGCCGCCUGGCUGGGAGAUCAGGAGCACAGUAUCAGGAAGGAUUUAUUUUGUCGACCACAAUAACAGAACCACACAAUUCACAGACCCCAGAUUACACCACAUCAUGAGCCAGCACUCUCAGGUGAAGGAGUCAAGCCAGGCUCUGCCGGUGCAGAUGGAAGUUCCCGUAGAAGAAGGUGAGGGAGAGUUGCCUGUGCGUUAUGAGAGAGAUCUGGUCCAAAAGCUCAAGGUGCUGCGCCACGAGCUCUCCCUGCAGCAGCCUCAGGCUGGGCAUUGCCGCAUAGAGGUAUCACGAGAGGAGAUCUUUGAGGAGUCGUACAGGCAGAUCAUGAAGAUGAGGCCCAAGGACCUGAAGAAGCGGCUGAUGGUUAAAUUCCGUGGAGAAGAGGGCUUGGAUUACGGAGGAGUAGCAAGGGAGUGGCUGUACCUUCUUUGUCAUGAGAUGCUGAAUCCAUACUAUGGCUUAUUCCAGUACUCCACAGACAACAUCUACACGCUGCAGAUCAACCCAGACUCAUCAAUCAACCCUGACCACUUGUCUUACUUCCACUUUGUGGGACGGAUCAUGGGCCUGGCAGUGUUCCAUGGGCACUACAUUAAUGGAGGUUUCACGCUGCCCUUCUACAAGCAGCUCUUGGGGAAGCCCAUUCAACUGUCCGACCUGGAGACUGUGGACCCUGAGCUUCACAAAAGCCUCGUCUGGAUCCUAGAGAAUGACAUCACGUCUGUUCUGGAUCAUACGUUCUGCGUAGAACACAAUGCUUUUGGCAAAUUCCUGCAGCAUGAACUGAAGCCCAAUGGCAGAAACAUCCCUGUCACCGAGGAGAAUAAGAAAGAAUAUGUGAGACUCUAUGUGAACUGGAGGUUCAUGCGGGGUAUUGAGGCCCAGUUCCUUGCUCUGCAGAAAGGGUUCAAUGAGCUCAUCCCACAACACCUGCUCAAGCCUUUUGACAACAAGGAACUUGAGCUGAUCAUUGGAGGCCUAGGAAAGAUCGAUCUGAAUGACUGGAAGGCAAACACGCGGCUGAAGCACUGCGUGGCUGACAGUAACAUAGUGAAGUGGUUCUGGCAGGCCGUGGAGUCAUUUGAUGAGGAGAGAAGAGGAAGGUUGCUCCAGUUCGUCACCGGUUCAACACGUGUCCCUCUGCAAGGCUUCAAAGCACUGCAAGGUUCUACAGGUUCUGCAGGACCAAGACUCUUCACUAUCCAUUUGAUCGAUGCCAACACGGAUAAUUUGCCUAAAGCCCAUACAUGCUUCAACCGCAUCGACAUCCCGCCUUAUGAGUCUUACGAGAAGCUCUAUGAGAAGCUCCUGACUGCCGUGGAGGAGACGUGUGGGUUUGCUGUGGAGUGAAAUGCCUCGUCCAGCUCGCCAGCCAGCCAGCAUUGACUAACCCACCUAACAGCCCCUUCUAGACCUCUCAUUCUCCCCUACUCUCCCCCGGGGUUGACAGACUGGUGCCUCCCUGCAGGCUUGAGCGUCACCCGCCAGCCCCUCUCUCAGGAGCACAGAGAGGGGAGCCACUACCCAGGGGCAGGAACUUGCACACAUGCACAGCCUGGGUUACUCCCACACAACCUUCAGGCUACUCUAGGUCUAUUUAUUCUUGGUUCUUGUUGUGAAACGCAAGUUUUUAUUUGCAUUAUUAUAAUCACAGGUACCAGAAAAAAGAGAGAUCAGAUCAAUGUCCUUUUUUGUCAUCUCUCUAAAAUCCAGCCUUUUUUUGGUCACUGAAACUGUGGAACAUAGUCUUAAGUCUGAUUAAUUUGAAUUUGUACCGCUUAGUUGCAAUAAUGUGAUCCUCUCUGAGCCUGUGGUCUGAAGUAGAGGUCAUAUUUUAAUUGUGGUGAAGAUCUUAACCUUUACAGGAGACUCUAAAGGCAAAACCCAGUCUACCUAAUAUGUUUGUUUAAGGAACACAUGGACUGGUUGUUUCAUAAGUUGAAAUGAAUGAUAUCUACACACAGCAUCCCUCACCCUUUUCUGUCCGAGUUCUAUUAUAGGAUGACAUUGUACAUUUCAGUGGUAUCCAUUUCUUAUGUUUUGUCAUUUGUAUUAGACAUUUUAACUUGAUUGCUUGUUGCUUGAAAGGUAUUAAUGAAAAGUUUUUCCCAUCCAUACGAUCAAGGCCACAAAAGCUUGGCAAGUCUUAGACCUUUUUGGGACCGUUUAAUGAAAUGGCUACACAGCGCAAGUGUGCGUGUCUCUACUUUCUCUAACAGAAGCACAUCUGUUACGGCUCACAGACCACGUACAGGCUAAAGAGGGACAGAAAGCCCUUGGAAAUUCCGAUGUCAGCAUUAUCCAGAAUAAGCCAGUAUUCUCAAUGACAUGUUUUAAUCUUUUAAACUUCUAAUCUUUUUGCAUGUUGCACAAAUUUUUUUUUCUUCUUUUUAGUGUUUUUAUUUUGCUGACCUUUUUGUCUGAACAACAAAUGGCUCCCUUUGAGAGGUGGUUUUGAGUGAUGCCAUGUAUCAAGUAGUCCAUCAGGUUCUAAAAACACACUUUUUUCAUCAGUUUCCAUCAGUUUCCUUUUACCAGAUUUAUCCCGCAGAUCUAAAGCAGACUACUAGCCGUAGUGCAUAUUCCAUUGCAUGGGAGAUUUAUGAAAAAUAUGUUUUUUGGAAUCAUGAAUGUUUCUAAGAAGCUCUUAUUGUCCUCAAGUUUAAUUGGACAAUGCUGAUUUGUUUUUAUUUGUUGACUUAGCAUUAACUGUUUGUACCACGUGUACCGCCUGCAUUUGUACAUGAGUGCUUUCACUCACAUUCACCGCAAGACUGUUAUUCAUGUGUCUCUGUCACUGAAACCACUUUUUUAAAACUAACAUUUUUUCUAUGGCACUUUCACUAGCACAUACAGUAAAGUCAUCCCUCAUUUUCAUUCCGAGCAGCGUGACUUGUUCUCCCCUGUAGGAAAUUAAAAAGCUAAAGACUUGGACGGCAGUGCUUUAAAUCCCUGUUCAGCUGGGGUGAUCCUCUCCGUUUUACGUCUCUUCUCUAGUGUUUGGCUUCAGGCACGUUACGUUUAGGUCUUGGCAUACGGAUUUAACAGAGCAGUGAGGUGUCUAGGAUUUCAUUAUGUAGUGCUUGAUGUGCAUGGCACCAGAUUAUUAUUCGUAAAAUUGACAAAAAAUGAGCCAAUUUUUAGUUUUAAGUGUUCUGCAACCACUUGAUCCUAAACUAAUUAUUUAUUACUAUGUAAUGUCCUUUUAAGUAUUGCUGCUAUUAUCAUUAUUCCCUGUUUUUCAGAAAAGGCCAAUUUUCUUGUGAAAGCUGUACACUACUCUCUUUUUAUUUUAUGUAUGAAUCAAAGUAUUUAAACCUGCUGCUAAUUCAAAGAAGCCUGUCCCUUGGCCUGGAUUGAGUUAGCUUUGAUGUAGGCUGGACCCCGGUGGUCAUGUUCAUAUUUGUGAUAUAUGCAAUAAAAUCUGACACCUUUAUACUCUUGGUUCUGUCUUAACAUGUCUUUAUUUCUUACAUGUAACAGAUUGGACAGAGCUUAAUUCUGACAGCGUUUGUGUGAACCGAGUCCUUUGUUUUUCCAGAUGACUAGAGUGGUGAUCUGUUAUUAAACUCGGAUAAACACAAAAGAGCUGGACAUUUAAUGUUGUGUAAUAGUGGGAAUGACUAGUGAGUUUGAGGAUGAGUAUGGACUUUGCCUGCAAGUUACAUUUGUUUUUAAAAACAACUUUUCCAAAUGAUGUGACCAGUAUCAUUACUAUGUACAAUUAUAAGGUCCUGAGUGUCAUUGUUUAUUGGAUGCAAGAAUAAUGUAACUUACAAUGUACUAAACAUUUCUGAAAAGAUUCCAUGUAAAUAAGAUUAUAUUAAAGAAACUAAAUUGAAAAUA